AUGCAAGGAGCUUCUCAUUGUGCUACUUUGGUUGUGCACUUGCUUGGGGAAGCCAAUGGUGAAGGCUUUGCAGAGAGGCAUUUGCUCAGACACUUUACUCCUUUUGUUUUGGCAGGGUUUAAAUCUUCAGAUUCAGUGGUAUGGGAUGGCCAAGAAGUAGUUUAUAUGAUGAAAACUUCACCAUUAUCUUUCAAACAUGACAAGAGUUUGAGCGGAAGUUUGUUUGUUGCGUGUGAGAUAAUGGUGUCUAGCAUGCUUGUUGAACUCUAUGGUCAUGAUCGAGGCAAUGUAAACCGUCAACUAAGCUUUGUCGUUACUGGUUUCGAUUGGGAAUAG